GCUACUGGCAAUGGUUUUUCAUGCAAAACUGAUGAAGGAUGUACUUCAGAAUUAACUGCGCCACAUCUUCCAGAUGUUUACAAACUUUGGGAAUUACAUGCUCAUUGGGGAACAGGAAAGCAUUGCGGUAGUGAACAUUUCAUUAAUGGGAAAGGCUUUUCCGCCGAGCUACAUUUUGUUUUUUGGAACCAAAAAUACGGCGAAUUUUCUAAAUGCUUAAACAAAUGUGAUGGAUUAACAGUAUUGGCAAUUUUCAUGCAAGAAGAUUCCGAUGAUAAUGAAAAUUUUUCUCCAAUCAUCGAUGGCCUUUGCAAUUCAUUGGGUUGCUUAAGCAGUGUCGAUCUGAAGCCAAAAUUUGAUCCACUUAAAUUACUUCCAGCAAAGCUUUCCUAUUAUACCUACGAAGGAUCGCUGACUUCGAAACCAUUUCAUGAAUGUGUCAUAUGGACGGUACUGAAACAUCCCAUUACAAUAAGUUUGAAUCAGCUGGAAUUAUUACGACGAAUUGUUCCAAGAAAUUGUCGUUUUCAACAUCCAUUAAAUGGACGUCGAGUGAAACGCUCAUUCAAAUUUGUCAAAAAGUCCUAA